AGUCCCUCCUCUCUAUAGUUUAUAUCCAGCCAGGGAAUCCCCACAUAUCAGACACACAGAAAUGGCAUCUCUAGCAGUCCCCUGGUGGCUUUUCCUCAUCUGGACCUGCCUGGGGGUCUCCCUUGUACACUGCGAUCCCACCUAUGAAACAUAUUACUUUGAUCAGAAGAUCGACCACUUCGGUUUCUAUGAGGACUCCACGUUUAAACAGCGCUACCUGGUGUCUGACACCCACUGGAAGAAGCCCGGGGGCCCUAUCCUCUUCUAUACCGGCAAUGAAGGCGAUAUCACCUUGUUCAGCAAUAACACAGGCUUCAUGUGGGACAUAGCGGAGGAGCUUGGUGCCAUGCUGAUAUUUGCUGAACACCGCUACUACGGAGAAUCAAUGCCGUAUGGUAACCUGUCCUAUAGUGACCCCAAACACUUGAAUUAUCUGACCUCAGAACAGGCUCUUGCAGACUUUGCUGUUCUUAUACGGUUCUUUAAAGCGCAUGGGGACGCAAAGCACAGCCCAGUGAUUGCCAUCGGGGGCUCUUAUGGCGGAAUGCUGGCAGCCUGGAUGAGAAUGAAGUAUCCUCAUGAUGUAGUGGGGGCUCUGGCAGCUUCCGCUCCAAUCUGGCAGUUUGAGGACUUGGUUCCUUGUAGCUUAUAUUAUCAAAUUGUGACAAAUGACUUUAAGAAGAGCGGUUCCGGCUGCGCAGAAAGCGUAUCGAAGUCCUGGGCCGCCUUAAACCGUAUGGCCGAGACUGAUGAUGGCAUCCGAUGGCUGUCCAGCGCAUUUCACAUGUGCUCACCACUGAAAGGCAAGGAGGAUGUCACGGCGAUGAAAGGCUGGCUGAGUGAAACUUGGGUAAACCUGGCUAUGGUGGACUAUCCCUACCCUGCCAAUUUCUUGGAACCAUUACCUGCUUGGCCAAUUCAGGAAGUUUGUAAGCACUUGACAAACCCCAACCUUGACGACAAGGGAUUGUUGCAAAAUAUUUUUGAGGCAAUUAAUGUGUAUUAUAACUACACCGGGGAGACACCUUGCCUCAACACCUCUCAGACCGCUGUGGGAAGCCUCGAUGAUCUCGGUUGGAGUUACCAGGCCUGCACAGAGAUGGUGAUGCCGUUUUGCCCUGAUGGGGUCAAUGACAUGUUUGAGCCCCAAAAGUGGAAUUUCGAAGCCUACUCGGAUGACUGCUACAAACAGUGGGGAGUGCGACCUCGCGAAACAUGGAUAACGACCAUCUACGGUGGGAAGAACAUCAGUUCUGCCAGCAACAUCAUCUUCAGUAAUGGUGAUCUGGACCCGUGGUCGGCUGGCGGAGUCAAGCAGAGCCUCAGUGAGUCGCUGGUCGCCAUUCUUAUACCAGAUGGAGCUCACCAUCUUGACUUGCGCUCUAAUAACGCCUAUGACCCCAAGUCUGUAAUCGAGGCACGAGCCCUGGAAGUGGCGUACAUGAAGAAAUGGAUUAAAGAGUACAGACAACAAUUAAACAUUUGGGACGUAUAAAAUGUAUUUCUCUGUUAACAGACUCUGAAUAUGGGGAUUGCUGGAUCUUCUCAGGACUUUGUUCACCCUUUUUGUAUUGCCAAUAAUUGCCUAGAAGUUUUGUCUGAAAGUGUGAAAUCCGUGUUAAAGCAGAUCUAUAACCA